UUUCGUUGGAGUGAAGUGUCGGCUUUAGCUUAAACCGGAAGUUGCCCUAACAGAAGUUUCAAUCGAAAGCGGAGAAGUUAGGCCUUCGAUUUCCUUUUUCCCCUUCCUUCAGAAAUCUUUUCGAUUCAGUCGCCAUGGCGAGCACCAAAGUUCAGAGGAUUAUGACCCAACCCAUCAACUUGAUUUUCAGGUUCCUUCAGAGUAAAGCUCGGAUUCAGAUAUGGCUUUUUGAGCAGAAAGACCUGAGGAUCGAAGGCCGAAUCAUUGGCUUUGAUGAAUAUAUGAAUUUGGUGUUGGAUGAUGCCGAGGAGGUCAAUGUGAAGAAGAAGAGCAAGAAGAGUUUAGGGAGGAUAUUGCUCAAAGGAGAUAACAUAACUCUGAUGAUGAACACGGGGAAGUGAUGGACAUUUUUUGGUGCACCCAUAAUAGAGAUAGCGAAGUCAGCCCCUUUCAUGUUGAAACUUGAAGGCCUUGUGUUACCAUAGAAUGUUCAUUUUACUGUCAAAUGGUUGGCUGUUUUUGUACUGUUGUUUAAAGAAAGUAGAAUACAGUUUAUGUAAGAAGCACUCAACUCAUCCACCUCUAUUAUUGUUGCUUGGGGGUCAUUGUACUUAGUUUGCAUCGGAUCCUCAACUCUAUCAUUCAUGGUUAGAUUUGAAUAUCAAUUUCUCUAUUGGAUUGCUUGAAA